GGCUGGUCGAACUCGGAAGUAAAUAAAGUGAAGACAGCGUGAGUAGCAGCAGCAGAUACAGUGCUGCUGUUUUAGUCUAUAAAACCCUGUGGAGUCCUUCGUUAACAGUCUGAUGAUGAGAGUCAGUGAAAGAGAAUGGAAUAGAGGAGAUAAUAUUUCAGUGUGAAAGAAUCAGGGUCUGAACUUCAGACACACAGACUGUGUUACAAGCUUCACCCUCAGCUGGACUACAGCUAACAGCUAACAGCUAACUUAUCCAGCCUGAGCUCUGGAUGCUCCCUGAUCUGCUCAAACUGGAAAUAAGCUUUAGUUAGCUGUUCAUCCUCCCUUCAACAUGGCUAAUCUUGAGCAGUGGGUGAGUGACAGGCUUCACGACAUCUUGGGCCUGAGCGACCGGUACGUGGCCCAGUUUAUGAUCGGCCUUGUGCAGAAGUCCUCGAGUUCACAGGAUUUUUUGGCUCGUCUGGAGCACACCGGCACCAUUGACAUCGACCAGAGAGUCACUGCUUUCGCACAGGAGCUAUAUAACAAGAUCCCAAAGAAACAGGUUGUGGAGAAACCUGCGAGAGCGGUAGAGCGUCAGGCCAUCGAGAUGGACAGGAAGAACCGAACAUACACCCUCCUGGAGGACAGUGACAGUGAUGGAGAUACUGUCAAAGAAAAAGGGAAAGAGAAGAAAAGCAAAGAUAAAGAUAGAGGGAAGAAGAGAAAGCACCUAAGACAAAAACAAGAUGACGGUUCAUCAAGUGAGGAGGACAGAAAAAAGAGCACAAAAGUAACAUCCCAAGAUUCAAAGACAGGAGUAAAAGAGGAUGAUGAAGAAGAGUGGGAAAAGGAGGAGCGAGAGCGGUUACAAGAUCUGGAAGAGAGAGACGCAUUUGCAGAAAGAGUCAAGCAGAGAGACAAAGAAAAGACUAGACAUAUACUUGAAAGAAACGAUAAGAAGGCAUAUGAGGAGGCUCAGAAGAGACUUAAGAUGGCUGAAGAAGAUCAGAAGAAAAUGCUCCCUGAGCUUCGAAAACAGUCACGAUGGGAUUACCUGGCCAAGCGUGAGCAGGAGAAGCUGGAAGACCUGGAAGCAGAGAUUUUGGAUGAGGAGUACCUCUUCUCCAGCGAUAACCUCACUGACAGGGAGAGGAAAGAGCUAGACUACAAGAGACAGAUCAGAGACCUGGCACGAGACUACAAGACAGCUGGAGCAAAGGAGAAAGAGGAGAGAAAGAACCGCUACUACAUGCCAGAGGAGAACAGAAAGAAGUCCAUACCUCAGAGAGACCUGGAGCUGGAGUUUGAAGAGACUCCCCGCGAAGGGGGUGGGGAGCAGGGCCGAUGGGAGGAGGCGCGGGUCGCUACCGCAACCUUACAGUUUGGAGCAAAAGCGGAGAGAGAGCGACGGUUAAAGGAGGAGAAAGAGAAGUACCAAUUAGUGCUGGAGGAGGAGGAGAUGAUUAACUUUGUAAGCACUGCUAUCACCAUGAAGGGAACACAAUCUGAAAAGGAUAUUGAGCCUGAGCUCUCUCAAGCUGAGAAACAGAAACAGUCCAUUCAGGAAGUGAGGCGCAGUCUGCCAGUGUUUCCCUACAGACAAGACCUCCUCAAUGCCAUCAGAGACCACCAGAUCCUUGUUAUUGAGGGUGAGACUGGCUCUGGAAAAACCACCCAGAUCCCUCAAUACCUUAUGGAGGAUGGUUAUACCAAAGGAGGGAUGAAAAUCGGCUGCACCCAGCCUCGAAGAGUAGCAGCCAUGUCUGUAUCAGCCAGAGUGGCACAAGAAGUGGGAGUUAAGCUGGGAAAUGAGGUGGGCUAUAGUAUCAGAUUUGAAGACUGCACAUCUGAACGCACUGUGCUGAAGUACAUGACUGAUGGAAUGCUGCUAAGAGAGUUUCUCACUGAACCAGACUUGGCUAGCUACAGUGUAAUCAUUAUUGAUGAGGCCCAUGAAAGGACUCUACAUACAGACAUCCUGUUUGGGCUAAUCAAAGACAUUGCAAGGUUCCGUCCAGAUCUGAAGGUGCUGGUGGCCAGUGCUACUCUGGACACUGAGCGCUUCUCCUGCUUCUUCGACGAUGCACCGGUUUUCAGGAUACCAGGUCGCAGGUUUCCUGUUGAUAUCUUCUAUACUAAGGCUCCAGAGGCUGAUUAUCUUGAUGCAUGUGUGGUAUCAGUACUGCAGAUCCAUGUCACGCAGCCUCCGGGAGAUAUUCUUGUGUUCCUCACUGGACAGGAAGAGAUUGAGUCUUGCUGUGAGAACUUGCAGGAAAGAUGCAGAAGGCUUGGCUCUAAGAUCUCUGAGCUUCUAGUUCUCCCCAUCUAUGCCAACCUGCCCUCAGACAUGCAAGCCAAGAUUUUUAACCCCACCCCUCCUGGAGCUCGCAAGGUUGUGGUGGCUACAAACAUAGCAGAAACCUCUCUCACUAUUGAUGGCAUCAUCUAUGUGAUUGAUCCAGGCUUCUGCAAACAGAAAAGCUAUAAUGCCCGAACAGGGAUGGAGUCUCUGAUUGUCACACCAUGCUCACGGGCCUCAGCCAACCAGCGGGCAGGUAGAGCUGGCCGAGUGGCUGCUGGGAAAUGUUUUAGGCUCUACACAGCCUGGGCCUUCAAACACGAGAUGGAGGAAACUACAGUGCCUGAGAUUCAAAGAACCAAUCUGGGCAAUGUGGUCCUGCUCCUAAAGAGUCUGGGUAUAAAUGAUCUGAUCCAUUUUGACUUCAUGGACCCCCCUCCACAUGAAACCCUGGUGUUAGCUCUGGAACAGCUCUAUGCCCUGGGUGCCUUAAACCAUCUUGGAGAACUUACAAAGCUGGGAAGGAGGAUGGCUGAGCUGCCAGUAGACCCCAUGCUGAGUAAAAUGAUCUUGGCCUCUGAACAAUACAAGUGCUCAGAGGAGGUGCUAACCAUCGCUGCCAUGUUGUCAGUCAACAACUCUAUCUUUUACCGGCCAAAAGACAAAGUGGUGCAUGCAGACAAUGCCCGCAUGAACUUCAUAGUGCCAGGGGGAGACCAUCUGGUGCUCCUAAAUGUAUAUACACAGUGGGUGGAGAGUGGUUUUUCCACUCAGUGGUGUUUUGAGAACUUCAUCCAGUUCCGUUCCAUGAAGCGUGCACGAGAUGUGCGGGAGCAGCUGGAAGGUUUGAUGGAAAGAAUUGAGGUGGAGGUGUGCAGCGCUAACGGUGACAGCACUCCCAUCCGCAAGUCCAUCACUGCAGGUUAUUUCUACCACACGGCCCGUCUGAGUAAGGGAGGCUACAAAACAGUGAAACAUCAGCAGACGGUGUAUGUGCACCCCAACAGCUCCCUGUUUGAGGAACAACCUCGCUGGCUUAUCUACCAUGAGCUGGUCUUCACCACCAAGGAGUUCAUGAGACAAGUGAUUGAGAUAGACAGUGCCUGGCUGUUGGAGGUGGCCCCCCACUACUACAAGAGCAAAGAGCUGGAGGACAGCACCAACAAGAAAAUGCCUCGCAAACAGGGCAAAGCUCGAGAGGAACUGGGCUGAAAUUAUAAAUAUUGUGUGUAAGAUGUGAAGUGUUAUUAGUGUACAAUACAGCCAUGCUCGCAAAAAUGGCUUUACUUUGUAAUUACUUGAAUUGAUGCUAGCUUUCUUUUGGGUUAUGUUUCUUGAAUUUGUACUCCUGUGUUUGGAGAAUAAGAAUAUAUUUUUGAAUACAUGUUCAUAUGCCCUGUA